UGUUGCUGCUGCUUUCUCCUCCUCCUCCUCCUCCUCUUCUUCUUCCUCUUCUUGCAGCCUCCCUCCUUCCCUGGCGUUUGGACUUGGGCUCCUGGCUCGCCUUGGCUCGGACAGACUUCCACAGAAAACCUGAGGACCGCAUUACUGACUUUUUUUAAAACAAAAACAAAAAUCGUAUUAAUUAUCUUCAUGGAUACAAGCAAAGAGACAAUGGUACUCCAGCCAUCUGUUUAAGCUUCUUGAAGAAAAAAGUCUGCAGUGGAAGCAUCAUGAAAAGGCAGCUGAGAAUCAAAGAUCACAAAGUGACAUCUGUAAACAUCUAAUAAAUGAAAAUGGAAAACUAACUACAAGAGGUCUUUCAUGGUGAUCUUUCGGUAACAAAAGUACAGAUAUUCAAAUGACUUUGGGAUAUUUUUUGGAUCAAUGAUGAAAGGAUUAUCGGGCAGUCGCAGUCACCAUCAUGGGAUUGCCUGUGAACCACCAUGUGACUCUUUGAUCCAUCACUCAGAGAGGAAGCCAUAUUUGUUAAAUCCUAUGGAACAUCAUCCUGCAGAUCACUCUUACUACACUCAGAGGAACUCUUUUCAAGGCGAGUGCAUGGUACCCUACAAUGAUCAGAUUGCUAGCAGUACAUUCCCUCGGAGACAUUACAAUUCCCAUAAUGAGCUUAAGGAUGAGUGUGCUUUGGUGCCACAUGGAACAGCUGGUAAAGGUAACCGUAUCCCUGCCAAUCUUUUGGACCAGUUUGAAAGACAGCUUCCUCUUAACCGAGAUGGCUAUCAUACAUUACAAUAUAAAAGAACUGCUGUAGAACACCGUAGUGAUAGUCCUGGGAGGAUCCGCCACUUGGUUCACUCUGUUCAAAAACUUUUCACAAAGUCUCAUUCCCUUGAAGGCCCAUCAAAGGGCAGCAUCAAUGGAGGCAAAGCAAGCCCAGAGGAGACACAAACUAUGAGAUAUGGGAAGCGUAGCAAGAGCAAAGACAGGAGGUCAGAAGGAAAAUCCAGAUCAAAUGCAUCUGGAUGGUGGAGUUCAGAUGACAACUUGGAUAAUGAUGUUUGCAUUUACCAUGGACCAAGUGGGGUUAUGACUAUGGGAAGAUGCCCUGACCGUUCCACUUCUCAGUACUUUAUGGAAGCCUAUAACACUCUCGGUGAACAUACUGUAAAGCCUUCCAGAAGCAAUAAUGAUGUCAAAUGUUCCACCUGUGCAAACCUGCCAGUAAAUUUGGAUGCUCCAUUAAUGAAAAAAAGCUCUUGGUCCUCCACGCUGACAGUGAGCAGAGCUCGUGAGGUUUACCAAAAAGCUUCCAUGAACAUGGACCAGACAGUGGUGAAAUCAGAAACCUGUCAACAAGAACGGUCUUGCCAGUAUCUUCAGGUUCCUCAAGAUGAAUGGUCUGGGUACACUCCAUGUGGCAAAGAUGAUGAGAUCCCAUGCCGACGAAUGCGUAGUGGUAGUUAUAUCAAAGCCAUGGGGGAUGACGAUAGUGGGGAUUCUGAUACCAGCCCAAAGCUGUCUCCAAAGAUUGCUGCACGAAGGGAAAGCUAUCUCAAGGCCACCCAGCCAUCACUUACAGAACUCACCACCCUCAAGAUAUCCAGUGAACAUUCUCCAAAGCUUCAGAUUCGGAGCCACAGUUACUUGAGGGCAGUGAGUGAAGUUUCAAUUAAUAGGAGUUUGGAUAGCCUGGAUCCAGCAGGUCUCCUUACUUCUCCCAAAUUCCGCUCCCGCAAUGAAAGCUACAUGAGGGCCAUGAGCACUAUUAGUCAGGUGAGCGAAAUGGAGGUGAAUGGUCAGUUUGAAUCAGUUUGUGAAUCUGUAUUCAGUGAACUGGAAUCUCAGGCAGUUGAGGCCCUGGAUCUGCCAAUGCCAGGCUGCUUCCGCAUGCGGAGCCACAGCUAUGUGAGAGCAAUCGAAAAGGGCUGUUCCCAAGAUGAUGAAUGUCUAUCACUGAGGUCUUUGUCUCCCCCACGCACAACCACCACUGUGAGGACCAUCCAAAGCAGCACUGUUUCCUCUUGCAUCACUACAUAUAAGAAGACACCACCUCCUGUCCCACCAAGAACUACCACCAAACCUUUUAUCUCUAUCACAGCCCAGAGCAGCACAGAAUCUGCUCAAGAUGCCUACAUGGAUGGACAUGGACAAAGGGGAGAUAUCAUCAGCCAGUCAGGACUUAGCAACUCCACAGAAAGCUUGGACAGUAUGAAAGCUUUGACAGCUGCUAUCGAGGCAGCCAAUGCACAGAUCCAUGGCCCUGCCAGCCAGCAUAUGGGCAACAACACCACUACUGUUACUACCACUACUACUGUUGCCACUGUUUCUGCAGAUGACAGAAAGAGAGAUCACUUCAAGAAAAAUAGAUGUCUGUCCAUUGGAAUACAGGUUGAUGGAGAAGAAUCUUCUAGCUCAAGUGAAAGCAGAGCAACCAGUAAAUUCCAAUCCAUAGGUGUUCAAGUAGAGGAGGAGAAGUGUUUCCGCAGGUUUACCCGGUCAAACAGUGUUACAACAGCAGUUCAAGCAGACAUGGAUUUCCAUGAGAACUUUGAAAUGUCCAUGGACCCUCAAGAAGACCAUUCAUAUCCUGGCCAAAUGUCAAGACAGUAUUCUCGAGAUGCCAGCACUUCCACUGUAAGCAUACAAGGCUCAGGAAACCAUUAUCAUGCGUGCACAGUGGAUGAUGACUUUGAUACAGAUUUUGAUCCUUCCAUUUUACCUCCACCGGAUCCCUGGAUUGAUUCUAUAAUUGAAGAUCCAAUUGAGGCUGUUCAAAGAUCAGUGUGUCACAGAGAUGGACACUGGUUCUUGAAGCUUCUUCAGGCAGAGAGAGAACGCAUGGAAGGCUGGUGUCAACAAAUGGAAAGAGAAGAACAAGAAAACCACCUGCCGGAAGAGAUUCUAGGUAAAAUUCGAACUGCAGUUGGCAGCGCACAACUUCUCAUGGCUCAGAAAUUUUACCAGUUCAGAGAACUGUGUGAAGAAAAUCUGAAUCCCAAUGCACAUCCAAGACCAGCCUCCCAGGAUUUAGCAGGGUUUUGGGAUAUGCUCCAGUUGUCCAUAGAAAAUAUUAGUAUGAAAUUUGAUGAACUUCAUCAGUUAAAGGCCAAUAAUUGGAAACAGAUGGAUCCACAUGACAAGAAGGAGAGAAGGGCCCCUCCUCCAGUGCCAAAGAAGCCAUCGAAAGGUCAGGUGCCACUCAUACGGGAACGCUCUUUGGAGAGCUCACAGCGUCAGGAGGCCCGGAAACGGCUGAUGGCUGCCAAACGAGCUGCAUCUGUUCGUCAGAACUCAGCCACUGAAAGCGCGGAAAGCAUUGAGAUUUACAUCCCCGAAGCUCAGACCAGGCUAUGAAGGGAUCCGGCCAGGAGGACUCUUAAUGGCAAGAAAAAUCUCUUGUAUAAUCUGCCCUUCCAGGUCCAUGCUCAGAGACACCAAUAAGUAUUUGUAUUCCCUUCCUCCCUUUAUCUCUCUCUCUCUUUUCUCCCAAUGAAGUAACACUUCUGUGGCGUAGUUGUCAAUCCUUCAAGAGAUUUUCGCUGUAACACCCCUCGCUUUCUAAAGGUUUACCCACGUCAACCUAACGCUUUGUCACAUGUACUGAUAGCUGCCACCUGGACUCAUGUAAAGAAUCCCACAGACACACACAUGUACAAUCUCUCUCUCUCAAUCACUAUCUGUCACACAUAUGCACACUCACUGCAACAUGCAUACACACACUCUCUCUCUCACACACACACACACCUGUAGAGUACGUGCACUAAUGAAUUCAUUAUUGGUCCUUCAAGUUAGUCUGUUAUCUAGUGUACAGCAAUAUUCAAUCAUAACAGUAUUUUAGAAAUCCAGUAUUGCAGGGUGAACCUUUAGGAGUCUGUUGUCUUCCUUUUUAAUGGUGAAAGGAGCCCCGGCUCAGAAUCCUGUCUUUAUAUGACUACUGUUGUUGUUUUUUUUAAAGGAUGGCACACAUUGUUUUAAUCUGCAGAAAUUAUACAUUUUCUCACCUGACAAUUUGAAAGGACAUGGGGAAAUAGGCAUGCUGUGGUAAAAGCUUAAGUGAGUCUUGCAACUGAAAAUGUAAAUGGUCCCAUGAAGACAGACCUGCAGCUGCACAAACUGCCUCAUUUUUAUUUCCUUGCUCACUUUAGAGUCUUUUCAGCAGAAGAUUGUAAUAUUGAUCUUCCAAGGAAAUGAUCUAUUUUUUUUAAAUGGCAAUAACAAGGAAAAUUAAUGAUAAAAUGGAAAGACAACUGAAGGGUAGAUUAAAGGAAUAUUUUUGUCCAGCUUCGAAUAAUUUUUAAGCCUGUACCAUAUUGUCAAUUUCUACUGUAAUUUAUGGAUUACACCAGUUUUAAAAGGUGAGGGAGGAGAAGAAUAGACUGAGUUUUCAUUGGUGCCCCAGUCUUGUAAAGGCUUUAAGGUUUUGCACAUCUACACAGAAACAUUUGUUGCUGAAAUAUUAGAAAUGAAAUAUGUGUUUGGUUGCUACCAGUCAUAUAGGUUACAUCAAAUACUUCACAACAUCACCUUUGGUCUCUUCUUUAAAACAGAAAAGACUUACUUUUGCAGAAUCAAGGAACUUCUGUGGAACAUCAGCUGGUGAUGAGCAAGUCUUUCUUUCCAGAACUGUUUUUAAAGACUAUAGUCCAUACAUAUUUCUAGCCUCUUAGGAAUCAAGACUAGCAAGCAAUAUCCUUGAAAAAUAACUGAUGGGAAGAUUAGCUCAUUAUGUCAUCAUGCACAGAACAUGGUCAUCUUCCAAAUGCCACAGGAUUGUUGUUGUUGUUGUUGUUUCAAGAUGGCAUCCAGUAUCCUGCCAGUAUAUGCAUAGUAAAACCAGAUACAAUGUGAACUCUGCCUAACAGGCAAUAGAGGACUAGCAAAUUGUGCCUUUGUGGUUCGUUCAGUUGCAAGGUUUCAUCUGUGUUCUGUUCACAAAAUCAUUUGUGAAGUUUUCUGUUGACUAAAGGCAGUAGAGUAAGGAUCUGGGCUGCAUGGGCUGCUUUCAUUAAUGCUCUCUCAUGUGCCAUGUUAAGAAUCUUGGCCCAUUUGUUCUGUGGAGCAUCAUUGCCCCCACAUAUAUAGUCACCCAUGUUGAACAUGGUAGAUAGUGGCAUUCAAUUUUCACUAGACCAAGAGAUUUUUAUUCUGUAAGCAAGAGUCAUUGCGGUAAAAAGGUAUACUGACCGAGACUGGAUAAUCUGUGCUCUGUAUUUUACCAGAGUUGGUUUUUUUGUGCCCUUACUGUUAAAACAUUCAAAACAUUCCAGCUGUUGACCCCUUACCUGCAUGGAUAGCAUAACUAUGUGGCUUACAUCUCAAAAAUAUAAAAAAGCUGGCCUUUUAAAAAUAAUAUAUACAUAUUCUGAUCAUGCCAGGAAGUAUCACAUAAUAUAGCAUCAUAG